UAUUAGUUAUGUAUCUACAUAAUCUAUUCAUCUUAUUCAUUGAAUCGUCGAGUUGCCACCAAAAAUAGGAUCCCACUUUUGAAAGCACUUGGGCAAUCAUGAUAAUGAUUCAGAUGCAUAAGUGCCAUAAGAUUAUGUACUUUGUUAAACGUUUAUCUAUGUCACUUACCUAUUAAAUAAAAACAUCCCUUAUUAACUAACCCUUAACUCUACUACAUAAUACCUUGGAUAACUCCUAAAUGGGUACUGUCUGUCUAUCUAUCUAUGUUGGCGCGUAGGACAGCUUUGACUUAUGGAUUUCCCGUCUUGACACCAUCGAUAUGACGGACGAUGGUAACACGGCAUAUAACAGCCGCAUCGAGGGGCUUCGACAAUAUGAAUUCCCCAUGCUACAAGAUGAGAUUUAUCUCGACCAUGCCGGGACAACCCCAUAUGCCAAGUCUCUUAUAGACAGAUUCGCUGCGGAUAUGACGUCGAAUCUAUUUGGUAAUCCGCAUUCUGCUUCUUAUUCUUCCCAGAACUCAACAUCCCGGAUCGAGGACGUUCGACUUCGGGUUUUGCAGUUCUUCAAUGCGGAUCCCUCCGAGUUCGAUCUUGUUUUCGUUGCCAACGCCACCGCCGGUGUUAAGCUCGUAGCCGAGGCAUUCCGAGGCGGCGCUCUUGGCUUCGAUUAUUUAUAUCAUCAAGCAUGUCACACUAGCUUGGUAGGUGUUCGGGAGGAAGCUGUCAAUAAUGUGUGUCUCGAUGAUGCUGCCGUAAACAAAUGGCUAGGCGGGACCAGCCCAGCCGCCGAAUUUGAGCAGCAUGCCAGGCCAAUUCUAUUUUCCUAUCCGGCCCAAUCCAAUAUGGAUGGUACCCGAUUCCCUUUAGAUUGGUCUAGCCAAUUACGCAGAAGCCACCCGACGUUGGGCCGCCAGGUCUUCACGUUACUUGAUGCUGCAGCAUUUGUGGCAACAUCACCUUUGGACUUGAGCAAUUCAGAGGAAGCCCCCGAUUUCAUUGUGUUAAGCUUUUAUAAAAUCUUUGGUUUCCCUGAUUUAGGGGGCCUGAUUGUGAGACGCCAAGCGGCAUCCAUUUUCCAGUCUCGAAGAUAUUUCGGAGGCGGGACCGUUGAUAUGGUGGUUUGUCUCAGAGAGCAAUGGCAUGCCCCCAAAACGCAGACUUUACACGAGUCAUUGGAAGAUGGAUCGCUACCAGUGCACAACAUUGUUGCAUUAGACUCGGCCCUCGAUGUUCAUCACCAAUUAUUCGGGACCAUGAAAGAUGUCUCACUUCAUACCUCUUUCCUUACUCAAAGGCUGUAUUCCGGGCUGGCUACCUUGAAACAUGGCAAUGGCCAGCCAGUGUCCAUCAUGUACUCCCAAUCCCCACCAGCCUGUCGGGAGCUGAUAGGGGGCCCCCUUGGUAAUGGUCCAGUUGUCGCUUUCAACUUGCAAAAUCAUUUAGGGGGUUGGGUCAGCUUGGUCGAAUUCGAGAAACUGGCGGUGCUGAAACGAUUCCAUGUUCGUACCGGAGGACUCUGCAAUCCAGGCGGAAUUGCGUCCUCUCUUGGUCUCGAGCCGUGGGAAAUGAAGCAGAACUUCUCCGCAGGUUAUCGCUGCGGGACUGAAAAUGACAUUAUGAAAGGAAGACCAACGGGAGUAAUCCGAGUGAGUCUAGGUGCCAUGAGCACAAUUUCAGAUGUGAACAAGUUCAUUACCUUUAUUAUUGAAUUCUACCAGACCAAAGAUGUCCCUCAACCAACACCACUUAUUACGAUUCCUACUCGCCACGAUCUAUCAGAUCUAUAUGUAGAGAGCAUUACAGUAUAUCCAAUCAAAAGUUGCGGUGGAUUUCGCAUUCCCAAUGGAGCAAAGUGGGAAGUUAGGGCAGAAGGGCUAGCUUGGGAUCGAGAAUGGUGUCUGGUGCACCGUGGAACUGGCCAGGCACUAAGUCAAAAGCGACAUCCACGUAUGGCUCUCAUCAGACCAACCAUUGACUUUUCCAGUGGACAAUUAAGAGUCUCGUGGCGUGGGCCAUCUUUGGGACAAGGCAUAUCUGAGGUAGAAGUACCUUUAUCGGCGAAUCCAGGCCUAUUUCAAGCAAGCAUGACGUCCAAAUCGAUGGCUUCUAGGGUCUGUGGUGAGGAGAUAUCUGCUCAGAUUUAUACCUCUAGCAAGGUGAAUGACUUCUUUUCAAAUAUUCUCGGAGUGUCAUGCGCACUAGCCCGCUUCCCUCCAGGUGGGAUGGGGAAGAGCAUGAGGCAUGCCAAAGCACACUUGCAAAAGCAUCAAAAGGUCAAUAGGAGGGCACAUUUUCAGAUGCCUUGCCAAUACCCGGGUAUGGAUACUCCUCCGGACUCGGAUUCAGAAUCUGAGCGACAACGAAUCCUGUUGUCGAAUGAAAGUCCCAUUCUUGCGAUCAGCCGAUCCAGCCUCGAGGCCUUGAAUAGUGAAAUAACUAAACAAGGAGGAAAGGCAGCUUCUCCGGAAGUAUUCCGUGCUAAUAUCGUUGUCGGUUCGCCACUAACAGAAGUGUCAUCACAUGCUUAUUCAGAAGAUCAUUGGUCUAGUCUACGGAUCGGACAGCAAAAUUUCAAAAUGCUAGGUUCCUGUCGAAGGUGUCAUAUGAUCUGCAUAGACCAGGAAACGGCAGAAAAGAGUGAGGAACCAUUUAUUACCUUGACUAAGACGAGGAGGUUUGAUGGAAAGGUGUUCUUUGGUACACACAUGUGCCAUACACCCUUAUCAGACACUAGUACCAGAGAGACUCAGUUUCCCACUAUCAUGGUGGGAGAAAAGGUGCAUGUAGAUCCUUUAUAGGGAGCAUAAAUAUGACUACUUACCAAUGAUGUACUCCCACAUAACUACCUAGCACAUGGCUGAUAUCUAUGGACGUGUUGUGAAGAAAUACUCUUGUAGAUACUACUAUG